CGUAUGCGCACGCACACGCCAACGCUUCCAAGCUGCAUAGACUUUACAAAUAGAAAUUUUGAACGUUUUACAAUAACAACGAGUUGUUGGCCACUUGCGUGCCGCUAAGCCAGCAUUUAAAACGAAAAUUGUUAAAUUGUGAAAGUCAAAGACGACAGAAAGGUGACAAAAAUGUGUGAAGCAUACGGAAUACAAGAAAGAAAAAAAUCACGUACACACAUACAAGCAUAAUUUAAUUAACAACGCAAAACCAGCGAGAGAACAUCGCUAGCAAAUUGUAAAAACGAUUAAAACCGGAUGCAUGUAUAUGAAAAUUAAACGGACUAAGAAAAACACUCAAAAGCAAUAGAAAGUAGAUAAGUGUUACCAAUAAACCAGACUUCCAUUGCGAAUUGUUUUAAUUACUAAAAAAGUGAGUGCAAGAAUUCCUCAGCGAAAUAUAAAUUGUUAAAAAGUCAAUAAGAGUAAUAACAGCUAAGCUAAAAUCCAUAAAUGCAGCAAAACCACAAACAUCUUUAAAAGUGGAAACAGCCACAGCAAGAACAUCAGAAAAAAAGAAAUCAUAACCAUCAAGAAGGAUUAAUAGCAUCAGCAGCUAUGGUGAGAACCACCGCAGCAAAAGUAGAAUCUACAGAAACAACGAAAAAGACAUACCGUCGAUCAAUCAUAACGCCAAAUUGGUUGGAAAACCCACAAGACGAUACCAAGAUGGCCUAUAGCAUCAGCCACAGCAGCUCCACAAGUAACAUCAACAGCAACAGCAACAGCAGCAAAAAUAGUCACCACAAAACUGCUCACAACCACAAACACUGCGUGCGAAAUCGGCACAGUAGGGCAGCGCAAGUAAAAAAUUCAUCUGCAACAAGAGCAUCUUUAGCUGCAGCAACCACAGCAUCAACAACACUUCGCCAGCGUACGCGAAUGAUGCUUAGCGGUUGCCACUUGUCCACCAAACUGCGUCCGAUAGCGCUAUUUAUCAUCAUCCUGCUAGCAACCGAAUAUGUUACGCCCGUAGAAAUGGCAGACAUGUAUGAAAGUACGACGCCAAUGCAGCAGUCGAGCAAUGACCGCAACUCGUCUUUCAGCGAACAUAACAGCACAGCGAGUGCAAUUAUGGCAACCAAUUGGCAAGAAUUCGAUGCGACAAACAACAGCAGCUUCAGUUGGAGUAAUCACAGCCACAGCAGUGCCAGCGAUCUCGACAGCGACAGUGGUCGCACCGCUAAUGGCGGUGAUUCAAUUUUCUUGCGUUUUGUAAAACGUUUCUCAACCGGCAAUGAGUUGUGGGAUGACAUUAUACGCGAUUGUUAUCAACAACCUACCUUUAGUUGCUUUCAGAAGAAUGUUUUCACCUACCUAAAUGGUGCGCUGGAUUUGCACGAUGUAAAUAUAACGCAACGUCUGAAAUUCUACCGCAAUCAUGUGGAUUAUGCGGAUAUGCAACAUGAACCGACGGAGGCGGCAGCAGCGAAGGAUAGCCUGGAUGUUUCGUCAGAGGCUGAUGAUGAACAUUUGCUCAACAACGAGAUACCCCAUGAGGAAGGGCGCGCAGAAACAGUUACCGACACAUCUGAAACACCCAUUGAAGAGGUAACGAACGCGCUCUAUGGCAAAAGCAUUAAAUUCGCCAUGACACAUGAUCUGGAAGUGAAGUUGCCAGAGGUGAUGUUCGAUGGUGCCACUUUUCGUAUCUCACCGCGCUCAUUUGAAGGCAAUGGCAUUAUUGCAAAACUGGAAUUGAUACCCAAACAGGAGGUGGAGGCGCGUUUGGCUGGGAAAAUCAUUAUGAAGAAAAUUCAAAAAUUUAUACGCAGCAAAUUAUUGCUAUCAUUCCUGGCGCUCUUGCUCAUUAUAAAAAUCAUCAAAAUCAAAUUAUUCUGGCUGUUGCCGUUGAUUAUUGGUGUUGGCGCAGCUAAAAAGUUACUGCUCAAAUUUCUGCUAUUCCUCUUCCCAGCUUUGUCGCAUCUCUUCAAGCUAUGCUCCUACUAUCAACAAACAUAUCAUUCGACUAAAUAUCAUCAUCACCAUCACCUUAUCAACCAUCAUCACACGGUUGUACCAGCAUGGCAUGCGCCCGAACAUCAUUCCAUACCGGAAAUCAUUUAUACUCAACCACCAAAGGGUCACCCUUCUACUUAUCUACACGGCGCACCGAUACACGAGACCUACGGCCCAUAUUCGCUAGAGCACAAUGAGGGUAACUGGGAAAAUUCAGGACCGGGAUUGGGAUCAGAUUAUAUUGGCGAAAUACAUCGAGCAGCCCAAGUCGAUGAAAAUUCAAAUUAUUUCAAACCGAAUGCCAACAACGAUGCGAAUGAGAUACUUGUUUGGGGUUUGGGCACUACACAACCAACCAUUACUCAAUUGCAACAGCAACAGCAACAGCAACAACAACAACAACAACAACAACAUAAACAACAUCAUCAAAGGUAUCGGCCGAUGAUGGCACAGCAAUCACCUACACUACAACAACAACAACAAGCACAGCGUCCGCCAUCACUUGUACAACAACAGAAAUUGCAAUUACAACAACAGCAACAACUCGUACAACAAAAACUGAAAACACAACAGAAACAACAACAAACACAUAACCUUCAGAAACCACACGCCACUAGUCAUAGCUUUAAUCCAUUUUUCAAUGGUGAAAAUAACUCGAAACAAAGCAUAUUUGCCACUAAAUUAAAAAAUCCGACACUUGCACAAUCCGCGCCAAAUCCAGUCUAUGCACCACCGCCGCCACCACAUCCGCAACAGCCGUCAGCCGAGGCGUUAACCGCAGCCGCACAUAUAGCCGCUCAAUAUGAUCCGGCUCGCAAUAGUCUCGCGCAACAACAACAAAAGCAGGAUCAAAUUAAGCAACAGCAGUUGCAGCAAUUGCUGCAACAGCAACAACAGCAGCAAAUGUCG